AUGGUGCUUCUUCACACUAUGCCAUUACUAUCCACCGAUUUGGCACUCGUGGGCAUUGUGCGCCAGGUCGACUCUGAGCAGCUGGACUGGAAAGAGGUCACUUAUCCUCAGCUGACGGCUGAUAAGAAGCACAUAUUGAUGAUCGUUGCCUUGAUAUUUGCAUCCAUCAGUGUGGCUUCAUCGACUCUGGUCUUUUGCUGGUUCGUGAAGAUGCGAAGAAGCUUCCGACACGAUCUAAUCAUGUUGCUCAUCCAAAGCGAUAUGUGCAAAGCUCUUUGGUUCAUGGUAUAUCCCUUGGUUGUCUUUGUCAAUGGACCCAUCCGGGACGAAUCCGCUCUCUGCCAGGUCAGCGGCUUCUUCCUUACCGUCAGCAUUGAACAGGCAGAUAUUGCCGUCCUAAUCAUUGCUGCCCACAGUGCCCUCUUCAUCUUCCAACGAAGGCCUCAAUUCAAAGAAGGCGGUCUCUAUCCCUACAGACACACAGCCUACGCCCUGUGGUGUCUUGUUCCCCUAAUAAUGGCAUCACUUGUCUUCGUACGAGGGCAGCGGGCGUUUGUGGGCGAAGGUGCUUAUUGCUAUUUGCCACUUCAUCCUACCUGGUAUCGCCUAGCCCUAGAUUGGAUUCCGAGAUAUAUAAUAAUCGUAGUCAUUCUCGGUACUUACGGCUCUAUUUACUAUUACGUUCGUCAAAAAUUUCAUGGAUUUACUCGCGAUGAGAGAGAGGCGCCGAAUCAAACCACGUCCCACACCCAUCUGCACAUGCCCACUUCUACCCAGCCUUCGAUCAGUCUUGGCCAGAAUCCUGACCUUGGCACGGAACCAUGGCGUAGGACGGAAAAGGUCGGUUUAAUAUCUCAUCACUACGCCUCUAAGCAAUCUGAUGCUGGCAUGGCCCAGGUUGUCGCAGUCACUAGCCUAAUACCCAUCCACGAGCUCUCUCAUGUAUCCACCACAUCCACUUCCAUCUCGAAUUCCGACAAAGUUCUCUAUGCCGAAGAAAGCUUUCGCAAGACUUCCAUGCGAUUGAUGCCUCCAGCUCACUUCUCUCCGCACUCUUGGUUGGAAGUAGAUGAGUCUUCUUACUUACAGGAGGACACAUGGUGGUAUUCUGGCGCCUAUCGAGAUACUUUGGCUUCUAGCAGACGCAAUAAUUCCAGCAUAGAAUUUACCUACAAACCACGACGAAAUUCCGAAGCUGAGAGUCUUACGGCUCCAAUGACUUAUGCUCAGUAUAGAGACUCCCAUGAACAAGCUACUACAAUGAAGGCCGAAAUGAUGGUUACAAGGGAAAAAAUACGUAGACAAUUACGCGUUCUAUUCAUCUAUCCACUAGUUUAUAUUGGUAUGUGGAUAAUACCGUUCAUCUCCCACACAAUGCAGUAUAGUGAGAGAUAUGCGCUUCAUCCACCGUUCAUUCUAACCUGCGUAACUACCGCAUGUAUUUGUAUUCAAGCGCUCGUAGACUGUCUUCUAUUUUCCACUCGAGAUAAACCCUGGCAGCACGUGCCGGGAAACGAUGGAACAUUUUGGGGCAGCUUAAAAUUUUGGACCGGCUGGCAUGGAGUAGGAGACAUGACGACUUUUUCCGCCGGACCAGGAAAGACACGCGACGAAAUGGUUCUCGAGGCUAGGGCAGCAUACCGACGACGGGACGACGAAAUCGCUCAGCGUCGGAAUCAGGUGAGGGUGCCGGGGUUAAGGUGUGGGCAAUCUCGCCGUUUACCAAGGUGCUGGUGGGAUGUCGAUCGAAGUGGGGACGCUGCAGCUAUGAGCUCAAUGGAAGAAGGAAUCCUCUGGGUCGGCACAACAUCAUCAGGGGGCGCUCCUCUGGUAACCGAGAUAACCUGA